ACCUAUCGCGAGUAAUAAACAUGUCAAUGCUCUAACGAGACAUAAACGCGACUCCUUGUAGAAACUGUUCACGUCAGGGAAUAGCAGCACUGAACCGAAGUAAACAAGUACCUCCGGUAGCGAUUCAACCAAUUCCGGUGUAUCUGGAGCACCGAACUUUAGAAAGUGAUAACUCAACUACACCACAAUCUCCAUGUCGCCCGAUUCGCUCGGCGUGCCGUAUGCAGCGAUGCUUAGCGCCUUUUAUUGGAAAAGUGAAAAUGAAAUUUCUCCUGAAAGUGUAUUUGAACCAUUCGGAUAACUAAUGGCGCGGCCCAGAUCCAAAUGAGUUUCUUCUUGCGCGACAUCCCGUCAACAAAUGAUCAUUGAAUUUUUAGGUGACACACUGAGCGGACGUGUUACCGAUUUGAGGGGGCCCGACUUUACAGCCACUGGACAUUCAAAGGAUCGGACACCUUGAAAGACAAUGGUCCGUAGUGCAUAGUAGCAGUGAGAAGUGAAAUUCUGGACUAAUUGACGGGAAUUUGUCACUAACAAAACAACGAACAGGAGCGAUCGAACAUGAAAGUGAACAUUGUUUUGUGUGGGGUGGUUCUGGGGUUGGUGGGGUUGGUGAGUCAGACUAAGGCAGGAUCCAUUCAGAUUAGUGCAUAUGGAAACGCGACGAGUAACAAGGAUGUGCCGAGGAAUGAUACCGCGAGUAAAAGCGCUGGAACAGGACGGGCCAUGGGUGGCGGGAGCUACCAAAAUCCUUUGCAAGGAAUGCUAUCGCAGGCUGUCAAUUUUAAGACCAGCAGUUAUCGUGAUUCGCGAAAGACACCAAAGUAUAUUGCAUAUCCAAGCCCAAUGCAGACGGUAUACUCGUAUGGGCCAUCGAAUAAUGCAGUUGCGAUGGAUCGGUUUGCUCCAGGGGAGGCAUAUGGUGGAACUGUGUUCAAGAUAGUGAAGGCAAGAGAGCAAAAGAUUAAAAAUGGAUAUCAGUAUCAGAAGCCAAGCGCCACAUUUGACGAUUCGAGCUCAAAUAAACCGUCAUCUCCUCCAUCUUCCUCGGCGCCAGCCGACAUGGCAGCUCCCAUUUCUCCUCCAUCACCUCCAUCUAUGAUAGUAGCACCGACUCCGAGUCCAGCCAUGUCUGCCGCCCCAGCAUCAGCACCAGCAUCUACAGCUCCAGGUACCGCUCCAUCAGAUCCAUCCCCAUCUAAUCAAUACAUUCCUCCGUCAGAUUUGAAUCUGUUCGCACCGAACUUACACUCUCACUAUCCUCCAAAAGAAAGUGACGAUAUCCGAUUCAGUGGUAUCUCAAGUUAUCUGCCUCCAGCAUCAGGAACACCCGAUAGUCCUCCGGCAGAUGACGCUAGUCCCCCUUCAGCCCCACCCGCAUCAUCCCCACCAUCUAAUCAAUACAUCCCUCCAGAAGGAUUAUUCCAAUUUCCACCUAAUAUUCACUCCCACUAUCAUCCUCCACCAUCUGAAGAUACUAUGCAGUACAGCGGAAUUUCGAGCUACCUUCCACCACCUGCCGGACCAAGCGACAGCUACUUACCUCCCUCUCCCGGAGAUUCGGCACCCCCCUCAGACUCUGCAGACAUGAUCGGAGCGAUACCAAUCGGACCGGAUUCUCCGUACCCUUCCUACCUGCCACCAUCACCGCCGAAACCACCACCAAUGAUGGCAAGCAUGAACGCAAUGAUGCCCUCACCACCACAGCCUCCACCAUCACCACCAAGCGCGCCGAAGGAAAUUCCGUUCGAUUACCAUGGCUACGAAAGCUAUUAUCCACACGAUCAUGAUCAUGAUCACGACCACGAUCAUUAUCACGAUCAUGAUCAUGAUCACUAUUUCCACGAUCACGAAUAUAUUUUCGACCACGAUCACGAUCAUCAUCACAUCGAGCUGAUAACGACGACUCCGGCACCUCCGCCCCCAGCCAACACAGGAACAGCCCGUGUGAAGAACUACAGUUACUAUUAUCUCAGUCGAACACUGUGGUACGUCCCGCUGUACUUCACCGUGUACUUCACCUUCUAUAUCCUGAUCUUGAUUUUGCGAUCCAUUGCGAGGCAUAAGGUCAAUUAUCCCAACCAAUGGACAGGGCGAGCGCUGCAAGAUAUGCAGUCUGUAACGAACGAUCAGGCGGUACAAAAGGCAGACGUUAUGACGACUUUUGUUAUGAAACAGAUUGACGAGUUCAAGGAAAAAUAUUUAUAGUGACAAAGUUAAGGACAUGAACAUUCAAAAAUUGCUCACUAGACAUUUCUCGCAAAUUCCCUGAAUAUCCUAUCGACUGUCGACAUGAAAGGUUUGAUAGAUGUUUACUGAGCAAUGCUCUAAUUGAAAUGAGAAUUAAACCAUUAUUUUAA